AAAAAGGCAGUUUUUGGCGAGACCGAGUUUUGCGUGUGAUUGAUUGGUUGGGUGGGUGGAAGUUUGAAAUUGGAUUUUGCGUUGUAUUAGUGUUCUUAUACCUAUUUUGAUUUAUUUGAUGGAUGGUUCAAGUGGGAAAGGUAGUUUUGGCACAUAAGUUCGUUGAAUUUUACUUAUUAUUCUUUUUUUUUUUGACUUUUGAAAUGUUUCUCUGUCCUGAUUUGUUCUGAUGACUGAAUUAAUGACUGAUUUGAAAAGAUAGGGAUUGUUUUUGGACGAGUUAUUCUUGGCACUUUGUCGAAUAUCCCGUUUGUGGGAAUCACGAUCCUAUUACUUUGUGCCUGGGUUUUGAUUGCUUCACGGUUUAUGUAAAUGGAAAUGGUUGUUUUGUCAAAACCCACUUGGAGUGUGUCCCUAUGCGUUGAAUAUGCUUAAGUUGUAGGCGAUUUGGUUUACUGAGUUAUGGUGGAGGAAUUUAUGUGAAGCUGUUGCGUUGUGGGAUAUAAAUUUGUGUUUAGCUCUGUUGAUCCCAUUUUGUAUAAUGUUUGAAGCUGAAUCAUUCUUUAAUUGUGUAUUUCAUUUGCUUGAAAACAUUUUUCAUAUGUUUUUAUCUCCUCUUCUUGUUCCAGUUUAAGUGUGUAUACAAGGUGAAGUUUGAAAUUUAUAUCCAUCUGCUUAGCACUGCUUUUCAUUUCCUGAAUACUUUAAAUUGCCUUUCAAUGGGAAGAGUUUUAUUAACGUUAUUCCACUGGGGAAUACAAAUGAUUCAUGAAUGUCGAAUUACAAUACUCUGGGGAAUACAAAUGAUUCAUGAAUGUCGAAUUACAAUCUUUAGUAAUUAGAGUAACCGACUAGUUCUUAUGAUUUGUGAUUUGUAGUAUAGAGUGCUUUUGUAUUAUAGAGGUCCACGAAUUGUAUAUUAUCUAUCUGGAAAAACAUAUUCAUCAGUCUGUCUGUCUAGUUGUCAGUGAUAUUUUUCUCACCUUUGAAAACCAGAAGAGUAUUCUUGAGAUAAUUUAAUUAGGAUGGACGUGCUAAGGGUUCCACCAAUAAGCCUAUAUAGUGCUUUAGGUCCACAAAACCCCUUACAGUGGUGGGAGUUGCUGUGGGAGUAACAUAUUGACACCAUCUUCUAUACAUAAUGCUCAGUUCAUUGCUAGGUCUAUCUUUUAUAUUUGGUUGUUCAGUGAAAGUUGAAUUCAAUAUUAUGUAUUAGGUGUGUGUGAUGGUCUUUCGCACUCAUAUCCUUUAUAUUUCUAACAGACCAAUAUCAUUAUAGGGGACUAGAAGAGGAACAUUUGGAGAGUCAAUCAAAGUUCAGAAUCUUGGUCAUUGAGCUAGAAAUAUUAUUAGAUUUGUAUUAGCAAUGGCUCCUGGAGGCAGUGCUUGCAAAGAAGUCCUUGAAUCUUAUCCUACGGUAUCAGAUUAUGAAAUAGCAACAGCAGAGCUGGAGACUAAUAGCAAACCUACAAGAGCUACCAAUGGCUUGGGUGGACAACAAGGGAUUUAUUCAACUAAUGGUGUGCAUGAACUGCUCGAGUGCCCUGUCUGUACAUGUUUGAUGUACCCUCCUAUACACCAGUGUCCAAAUGGCCACACACUGUGUUCAAACUGCAAGAUAAGAGUGCACCAGUGUUGCCCAACUUGCCGCUACGAUCUUGGGAAUAUAAGGUGUUUGGCUUUGGAGAAAGUGGCUGAAUCAUUGGAGCUCCCAUGCACAUACCAGGCUUUGGGUUGUAAUGAUAUUUUCCCAUACUACAGCAAGCUUAAACAUGAGCAACAUUGUCGAUUUCGUCCAUACAAUUGCCCGUACGCUGGAUCCGAGUGCUCUGUCACAGGUGACAUCCCAACUCUUGUUGAACAUCUCAAGGACGAUCACAAGGUUGACAUGCAUGAUGGUUGUACCUUCAACCAUCGAUAUGUUAAAUCAAAUCCACAUGAAGUUGAGAAUGCCACAUGGAUGUUAACUGUGUUCAAUUGUUUUGGAAGACAAUUUUGUUUGCACUUUGAGGCUUUCCAGCUUGGUAUGGCACCAGUCUACAUGGCCUUCUUACGAUUCAUGGGCGAUGAUAAUGAAGCAAAGAAAUUCAGCUAUAGUUUGGAAGUUGGCGCAAAUGGUCGGAAGCUCAUAUGGCAAGGAAUUCCAAGGAGCAUCCGUGACAGUCAUAAGAAAGUUCGUGACAGUCAGGAUGGACUCAUUAUUCAGAGGAACAUGGCGCUAUACUUUUCUGGUGGGGAGAGGCAAGAGCUGAAGUUGAGGGUUACCGGCCGUAUAUGGAAAGAAGAAUAACAUAGAGAAAGAUGAUGGAUGUUUAGGUGAGUGUACAGUAAGUCAUUGGGGUUGCUUCAUGUGGCAUUAAUUGUUCUGAUUAGGUCUCCUUUUGUGUUUACAUGAUGUUUCUGUAAUUGGGGUCAAGUGCAUUCUACAAACUUGUUUCUCAGCGGCCCUACUUUCCACAAACUCCGGUUGAAAAUUUGUGUAAAAGUUCGAAACAAAUAUUGGUGCGAAAAGAUUCAUUUGGUACGA